CGCCGCCGCUGUGAACAGCCGCUGCUGCUAGGGUUUUGUUUAGCCGCUGCUGCUAGGGUUCCGAAUAGCCGCUGCCAAGGUUAGUUCGUUAUUAGUUUUUUCAAUCUCAGAUCAGUUUUUCAGCCGUGUAUGGAAACAAUGGCAGAUGAAAAGAUAAAGAUUGAAAAGUUUGAUGGAAGUGAUUUUGGAUUUUGGAAGAUGCAAAUCGAGGAUGUUCUUUAUCAGAAAGACUUAUACCAAACGUUAUCGGGAGAAAAGCCAGAAAAGAUGAGUGAUGCAGAUUGGGCGAUUUUGGACAGGAAAGCUUUGGGAGUGGUUAGGUUGUCAUUGGCGAAGAGUGUUGCUUUCAACAUAGUCAAUGAAACGACUACGCAUGGGUUAAUGAAAGCUUUGUCGAAUAUGUACGAGAAACCCUCAGCAUUGAACAAGGUGUUUUUGAUCAGACAGUUGGUUAACACCAGAAUGAGGGAGGGUGCUUCAGUUACCAUUCACAUCAACCAGUUUAAUUCGGUCAUAACUCGGUUAGGAUCAGUUGGAAUUAAGUUUGAUGAUGAACUUCAGGCGUUGCUGCUUUUAUCUUCUUUGCCUGACAGUUGGUCUGGAACAGUGACUGCAGUUAGUAGUGCAUCUGGUACUACUAAGUUUACUUUUGAAGGAAUUCGGGACUUGAUUCUAGGUGAAGACAUCAGACGCAGAAGUUCAGGGGAUUCUUCGAGUGCACUGUUGAGUACUGAAGGCAGAGGAAGAAGGAAUGAAAGAGGAAGCAACCGUGGUAGAGGCAAGAUUGGAGCCACUUGGACUUUGAAAAACGUCAGAGUCAUUCCAAGCUUGAAGAGGAUGCUUAUCUCAGUUGGGCAGUUGGAUGAUUUGGGUCUUGAUGUUAAAUUUGGUGGUGGACAGUGGAAGGUGGUCAAAGGAAAUCUUGUUGUUGCUCGUGGCAAGAAAAGGGGCUCGUUAUAUAUGGUCGAGAUACCUCCACAAGGAGCAAGUCCAGUCUUUGUAAAAGAAAAGGUCCGGUUCAAAGAAUCUCGUGUGCUAAAGAGGGUUACCUUUGCAAAGGAGAAACUCAUAGAAAGAGUACAGAUUCAGGAUGAACUAGCUCGGAAGGUUCAACCAGUCAGGGAAUUUUGUGACAGUGGGAGCAUAGGUCAUGCUUCAGUCCCAAUCCGACAGUGGGUUAGGAAAACUAGUAUUCCGGCGUUGAAUGUUUCUCCUGUUAACAAUUUGCUUGGUUUGGAGAAUGUAGGUUCUCAGUUUGUCUUAGAAGCCAGGAGAGUGAUAGAUGUGUCACACUCGGAGCUAGCAGAGAAAGAGAACGAGUCACGGGUUGUGACUGAUGAGUUGAAGCUUAGUGGGAGCUUCAACGGGCCUUCAGAUAAUUGAAGAGAAGGCCGCUGCAACUAGUGGAAAAUGAGGAUUACAAGAGUUACAGAUGAUGAAGACUAAGGAGCGUUGUUCGAGCCUCCAAGUGGGAGAUUGUUGGGCGAAUUGAGUGUGGAGGCUCGACCAAGAAGGGUAGCCGGCCCUAGUCUUGGUUCGACCCAUAUGGCACUAUGGCAGUAAAUUAGGUUUUUAAUU